AUGCUGGCAUCAGGUGUCGGUCGGCGCUCGCGCCACCCGAAGCGACGAACGGUCGUCGACAGUUUCAUCAAAGGUCAAGAGGAGCCGCAAGCACAGCUGCCAAGUGCCCAGGACGGACUCGCUGGAACCCAAUCGGUGACUGCCGUUGCUCUCACACAUGAGGCGAAGCGAUUCGGGUGAGAAUGCAUGAAUCGAAUCUGAAUGCCACUCAUCCAUCCCAUAUGCCGUCAUGCAUGAUCUGAUCUGUGUGUUCUCUCUGGUUGUCAUGUCAGCGGUAGUCUGUGCGUCUUCAGCAGCGAUCAGUACGCCAAGAGGUUCCCCGUGGGCACCCUCGUCCGGAUCACGCCCCUCGCCGCAUCGGCAUUCAACGGCCUCCCACAUGCGGCCGGCGAGUCGCCUGGGAAGGACAAACACGGGCAGUGCGCGUGGCGUGACCGCGAGAAGGACCGGAGCAUUGUGGUCAAGGUGAGCGGCGACAGCUUCGGGCAGCUUAUGGGCGGGGUGGGACUGUCGGUGCUCGACCAAGUGGCCAAGCUCAUGGGACUCAAGAGAGAUCUGCCGAGGCAUGACGUCAUGGUGAGAGGGAGGGAGGGGGUGUUUGUGUGCGGACUGGUGUGUGUGUGUGUGUGUGUGUGUGUGUGUUCCACAGAUGCAGGUGAUCCAGCCUGAGGAUGCCCGCAUCGACUAUGUGGAGAUCGAGCUCACAGAGCAGUUCAUCUCACGGAGGGACAUAUGGCACUUCCAGGUGACUAUCCAAUCAAUGCACACACAUACCUGCGGACACUCACGGCCUCUCAUUUCUCUCUCUCUCUCUCUCUCAGCGUGAGCUGCUCAAGGGUCAGCGAGUGCUCUACUGCGGCCUCCCGCCCCCCGUUCGCCGCCACACCCACUUCAGAUUCUCAAUCCGUUCGCUGUUCGUCGAAGACAAGAACGGCACCCGAGCCAUCCGACACCAGACGACCGUCGCCCCAGCAUCGUCCACUGCCCCCUUCGAGCACACGCCCUACCCCUACACCAUGGCGGGCCACGAUUCGACGGUGGGUGUGGACUACUGGGGUCUGAGCCGUGGCGAGAGGGGGUCUGUCGGGGGCGGGGAGGGAUGGCAGGGGGUCGAGGUGGCCACAAGUGAGCAGGCCACGCGGGCGGUGCUCAAGAAACUCAACAGGUGAGAAGUGAGGGAGGGUUUGGCGGGUGGUCCGCGGUGUGUGUGUAUGGUACGUGUGUCUGCGUGUGUAGUGGUUUGGUGAGCGAGCAGACGAAGCUGACGUUCCGGUCCAAGUGCACCAACAUAUUCUUCCUCAUACAACUCAGCCAAGAGGUGCAGUGGGUGCGUACGUGGGUGGGGUGUCCACUCCAUCCAUCCAUCCAUCCGCACUACACGCACAACCACAACACGUGCACCUCUAACUCUCUCCGUGUCCUCGCGUCCGUCGUGUCUGUCUGUCAGCUGUGGUGGUUUUCCCGCGACGGCUUCCCCUACUAUAUGCGGGUGCUGCAGUUCUUCAAAGACCUCUUCGACCGCUACCGCAGGGGCCAGCAGACACACUACAUCACUCUCGUCCUCUUCGGCCGACUGCUGCUCGAGGGAGGCGAGAUUGAGGACAGAUAUGAGGUCAUAUGGGAGGGACCCCUGGCCGCCCUGCUGGCGUCCAGUGACGCCAUCCUGCGGCGGCUGAGGCGGGACUUCUUCACCUUUCCCGAGUCCAUCGGCUGGCGGGCGCCCUGCUUCAAGUGAGUGGGUGCAGGGAGGCAGGGAGGCAGGCCAGCAGAACCAACAGUCAGCCGUGUCGUGUGUGUGUGUGUGUGUGUGUGUGCAGGCCUGACGAGAGCGCUCGAUGCUGGUCCAUGCGGAUGGAAGAGAAGUCUUCGCCCCAGCCGACGGCGGCCGUCAAUGGCACCCCUGAUGCAGGUGCACGUGUAGAUGGGGGGCGAGAGAGUAAUGGCUACCAUCACCACCACAAGGGUGAGAGGCUGUCGUAUGUGCCGUCUGGUGCCGCCAAGGGCAACACGCUGGAGGCCAUCAACCUGGUGCUGGACCACUUUGAGCUGCACCACCUCGACCGCAAGCUGUGGUACACAGGUAGGUGGAACCGUGCAUCGAUCGAUGGCAGCCCUGCCUUCUCUCAUCUCCAUCUGUCUCUUCCUCUGUGUGGUCAGGUCAGUCUGUUGUGCUGGUGACGGCGGGUAGCGGUGUGCUGUACACGCCCGACCAUCGGCUGAUGGAGCUCACCAAACAGAGACUCAACGACUCCGUACUCGGUAAGUAAACUGCCGACAAGAAUGCAACGCACUCACAUCCAUCCAUCCAUCCGUCCAUCCAUUGUUCCGUUGUCACACAGCCCCCGAUAUCGUGAGUGUGCGCGACGAGCCUCUCCACGCCGUUCCACUGCUCCUGGUCGACCCACCCGUCACCCACCAGCAGCAUCACCAGCACCAGCAGCAGCCGCCCUCCUCUCCAUCGCCCCCCUCCAUCUCCAUGUCCAUGGCGUCCAUCAACGCCUCAUCGGGUGCAGCGGAUGAGCCGAGUGAGGGGGAGGGCGUGCGUCGGCCGCUGAGCUUCUUUGCCGGACAGAUCCACUUCGUCAACUGGAUGGUCAUGCACUUCUACAAGGAGGCACAGGUGAGACACAGAGGGAGGGAGAGAAGGGCACGUGUGCGUGAUUGAUGGAUCGAUGCCCGUCCUCCUUGUGUUCAGGAUUGCGACUGUCCUGGGCUCGCGCCGUUCCGUCCGCUGUCGACCUUCUUGCCUCUGGAGCUGCCCUUCCGCCUCCCCCAGGCGGCCUUCACGGCCUACGUGCCGCCACUCGACCUUUCGCAGCCACACGAACCCACCGCCACACCCACACCCACACCCCCGUGUGAGCCGCAACCAUCCGCCGCGGCAGUCCGCACAGUGGAGAGAAAUGUCCCCUCACGGACCCACUCUGUCCGUGGCGACACAUCGCCCCCCCUCACGGCCACUCUCGCGCAGAGUGCGGGGCAUCCGCACUCAUCGUCGACGGGCCAGCUGCCCGCCACUCUCGUGAGCAGCGCCGGCAGCAGCAGGGGGUCCAGGCGGCGCAUCGACGUCAAGCUCAGCAAGGCGGACUUCGCGCGUCUGUUUGCUGGGGCUUUCAACCCUUUUGUGAAGCAGGAGGAGGGCGGGGUGAGCGGGAAGGCUCACAGUGUGGGCGGAGUCAGCCACACGGGCGGCCACUCGGCUGUGCCGUCGGGUGCGGGUACGCCGAAGAGCAGUGUGACGGCUGCCAGUCGUGAUGGUGAGGGAGACCAUGAGGGCGGCAAGGAGGCCUUCGGCCACAGAGGGGACGAGAAGAUACGCGACAUCCAGACGCGGCGCUGGUCACACGUGUAUGCGCCCAGCAGGUCAGUGUCUGGAUGGGGAGGGCGGGUGUGCGGCAGACACACAGCAGCAAACUCGAUCUGUCUGUGCCAAAACAUGUGUGCAGGGAGGGCUCCAUGCUGUGGGAGUCGCUGCUGCAGCCGGCCGUCCUGCCGUGCACAAUGGAGUUCUACUGCGCCACCCGAAACGCGCAGUAGUAAGAGAACGGGACACACACACACACACACACACUCAUGGUGGAUCCCCAUCCACCCGCUUAUGUGACAGUCACGGCAAGUUCUGGACGGUGACGCCGGUGCUGUUUCUGCUGGAGGGCAGCUCGCUGGCCAGGAAGGACCGCGGCUUCAGGAUGGAGGAUGACCCGCUCGAGUGAGCUGCCCCCCGGCUGCUGCCGGCACCCUCGGCCUGUGUCUGCACGUCUGUCUGUGUAUCUUCUUGAUUUGCUCAGGUUGACGGUGAAUGAGUUGGUGGGCAUCCGCUUGGCCAUGGACAUGCAAGUCAACACCAGACCGGCAAACCUGAUCGUGAGCGGCCGACGGACGGCGUCAAUGGAUAAACAGAGGACCAAUGCAUUGGCCCACGUGUGUGUCGGUGUGGUGUGGUGUGGUGUGUUGUGGUUGGUGUGGUGAAUCAAUCACAUCAGGUGGCGGAGCCGUACCACGAGCGUUGCGGUCGGCGUGGCCUGGAGAGGGUGCAGAUGUCCUUCAACGAGGAUGUGCACGAGCUGUCGGUGGUCGACAACACCAACAUUUUCGUAUAUAAGGGGGACCGACACAUCAGAUCAGACACUCCACACACACACACACACACCGCACUCUUCGUCCGUCCCUAUCUGUGUGGUCACUGACAGGUCCAGUGUUUCAACGAGAAGGCCAGCAACAGCAAGGGCAAGCCGCCAAGCGCGAAAGAGGGCAAGCAGCCCCCCAGCAGCGAAGCCCCUACCUCACCCUCGCCCUCACCCCAUCCCCACCACACCGACAGCCACAGAGAUGACGCCGACCACAGCCUUUCGCCGAGCGCGACGCCCCUCAGCCCCCGUGAUGGUGAUGAGGCCUUCCUGUCUCGGUCGCUGCCCGAGGCCGACAGCCUCAUGACCCGGGACGGCUCGGCUGUGCCGGAUUUCCGGCUGAAGCACUAUGAGAAGAAGCGCACAAUCCGGCGGGCAUCGAUGGGUGGAGACGAGGCCCCCACCAACGAUGUGGGUGUUGAGAGGGGCGGCGGCGGUGAGGGGAGGCUGAGUGGAGACAGCGACGAGGAGGAGCGGAGGCAGAGGGAGCGGGAGCGGCUGGUGUUCCCCUACAGCUACCUCAUCCGCCACCGCGGCCCCUUCGGCUGGACCAAUCCCGACGACCCCGCCACCUGCAUCUCAGACGACACACCCGCGCCACCGCCACCAAUGCCUUCCGUCUCUGCCUCAAUCAGCCGCAGCGGCAGCCAGGCGCUCUCAGACAAUACCGGGGGAGAGCACGACCACGAUACCCACGCGGAGCACCCUUUGCUGCCCUUCCCCUCCAUCCAGCCGGCCCUCCAGUUCCCCCAGGGCCGCGGGUGGCGCAGCUGCUCGAUUCGCUUCUCGCAGCAGGGCGCCUACCCCUGGAACAACCUGGACCCCAUCGUCUGCCUGGCCAAACUGCAGCCGCCCACUAACAGCAUCAUGGAGCACGUCAAGGGCUGGGAGCUGCGCAUCAGGACCCAGGCAUUCGUGCUGGUGCCCAACCGGCUCAGGAGCCACUACGUCGACACCGACAGCACCCCGCUGAGCGACCCUGACAAGGAGCGCGUCAGCACGCUGCUGCGGAGGGAAGACGAGCUGACGGCCGUCGGGUGCGACCCCUUCAUCCACAGUGACAGUGACGACGUCGACCAGGAUCUGGUGGACAGGGCCAGGCAGUUCUUCGCUUCUCUGCAGGAGCUGUGCUUCAAGAACGCCCCGGCGUUCUACGACCCGUCGACAAUGGGCCUUCACCUGGACUUCUCCCCCCCACCGUCCGGCGGUCUGCAGGGGGUGCACCUACGGUCGCGUCGCGUCUUCACGUGUUGGUGCGAGGAGACGGUGUGGCACGCCAACGAGCUGGGGGAGGCCAUCCACCCGCUGCCGAGCGAGUGGUUCAUGUUUCACUACGACGGCCACUUUGCGCCCCCCCUGCUCUUUCGCUUCACCAUCGAGUGGCUCGUCUGCAGCUCCAUCUUCAUCGCGAAGUUCAUGAAACGGCUCCGCAGCCUCGCCACACAGCUCGACUUCGCCAUCGUGCAGCUGCCCAUGGCACAGAUCUUCCCCGCCAAUGAGAGGAAGCGGCCGCCCUUCAAUCCCAUGUUCACCGCGCAGUACAGGCUGCUCAACGGCCACCAUGGUGACGAGACGGCCGCUUUGGCGAUCGCUCGGAGGCUGCUGUAUGCCUUCCUGGACGCGCCGCUGAACAUGCUGGUGGUGGCGGGCCGGCCGGACAGUGUGGUGCAUCCGCGGGAAGACGACAAGCCGGGCGAGAGGGUGGAGUAUCUGCCCCCGGGGAUGGAGGACGGUUGGGUGCUCAUGGAACGACACGGGCUCUACUUUGUGCAUAUCACCAGGUGGACGCGCCAUCGUGAACGCUGGGUGGCAUGGGUGCCUCUGUGUGCGUGUGUGUGUGUGUGUAGGGACAGUGUGUUGUGGCACAGCACAUACCUGCAGUGGAGUUGGGUGGAGAAGGGCACAUCACGGCUGAGAGUGGGCGAGGCCGGGGAGGCACCCUGCCACGGUCAGUGAGUGCGUCAGUGAGCGACAGGCACACACACCACAGCCGACCACACACUAUUUUAUUGUGCAUAUGCCAUCCACACCACAUCCAUCGUCUGUGGCUGCCUGGCUGGCUGAUGUCAUAUAUGAUGCAGAGAUGUCCAAUGAGGCCUGGCGCACCACCGUGUCACGCCGCCACUUCUCCUUCUUCACACACGCACUCAGAAAGGUGAGUGAGAUCAGAUCGCCCACAGGACAGGACACGCAAAUCCAUCCAUCCAUCCAUCCCGUGCGGUGUGUGCAUCAUAUGUUCAGCUCAAUAUCGGUCUGGCGGAGCGGUCGGUGGAUCGGCGAGAUGACGCACAAAGCGAGCCGGCGGAGCCCUUUUUCCGGCUGUCUGGGGAGUGA